AUGGCUGACCUGGGCCCGAUGCCGGUGUCGAUGUCGAUGGGGGGCUAUACCGAUGCGAACCGAGCGUUCUUGCAGGCAUUUCUCGCGCGCAGCGUCCUCACCCUGGAGACGGCCAAACCCGUCAUCGCAGCCAUCUCGACGGUCCGAGACGGGCGCGAGGUCCAGGCUCAAGAUAUCACGGUGGAUGACCUGAACCACUACAUCUCCGCGGCCAACCGGAAACUGUCCCCCCUCGACCUCGAAAUCCGGAGCACCUUCCACCAGCAAACGCGAGAACGGGUGUACGGCCUGGUCAACACCACCAGCGACCCCUUGACGCAACUGGCCACCACGUACACCGCGGACGAGAUCAUCUAUGUCAAGAAACUGCUGGAUGCCAUGUUCGACGGCCAGAACAACAAGGGCCGGCGCGAAGCCAUGUGUCUGAGCGGCAUCGAGGCGAUCCAGGUGGGCCGGGCACAGAACCGACGUGAAACACAAGAUGGGAAUGAAAAUGCCACCCAGCCAUCCGCCGCCGGUAUGCUUGGUGCUAGGGAUGCCGAGGCCAUGCUGAACAAGUUGCUGGACGAAGGUUGGCUGGAGAAAAGCCGGCUGGGCUUCUACAGUCUCAGCCCACGGGCGUUGAUGGAGUUGAAAGGCUGGUUGGUCGAAACAUACAACGAGGAGGACGAAGAUGGCCAGAGGCGCGACAAGAUCAAGUUCUGCCAUGCGUGCAAAGAAAUCAUUACAGUGGGCCAACGGUGUCCACGCCGCGAAUGUUCUUGUCGUCUCCAUGAUAUCUGCACGCAGAACUUCUUCCGCAUGCAACGCUCGCAGACAUGCCCUAUCUGCAAAACUGAGUGGGAUGGUCAACACUAUGUCGGCGAGAAGGCCAUCACCACUUCGGAAAGCUACCAAUCCGGUCGGCGACGAAGUGGACACAGGCCGCGGGUCGAUCCUGGGGCAGAGCAUUCCGGAGACGGGAACGAUUGA